CUCAUACCGUCAAAAGUGCUUAUAUGAAGGACGUUAAAAUUCUUCGCUUUGACAUAAACGACUCGACCUCCCCAGACGAAGUUAAUUUUGUUUGUGUCAAUCAUGCGGCGCGAAAGCAGAUUAACGGCAACCUGUACCUUCAAGUCCUGAAGCCCACCACUCUCAAGCAGAUAACGAUAAAGUUACAGGGCGAGUGUCUGACCACAUUAAAACAAGUGACUCCCGAGAUGGUGUUUAUGAGAGAACAACUGUUAUCUGUGAAAUGUCAUCUCAUCAAUGCUCAAGAAAGCAUCCUCGAUGCACCUAAAGAGUUUGGAGUCGGGGAGCACUGUGUGCCAUUCGCCAUUAGUAUAAGGCAAGAUUUGCCGUCGACACGAGAUUAUCAGAUGACCAAUAAAGUAGUUUCCAUCAGCUAUCGCCUUGUAGCAGCGUUGGAAGCACAUCACAACUCUCUAUCAACGCUGGUUCGCAAUGCCAGCUUCUCCAAACCCGCAGGCGACGCUCAUCUUCCCAUCAAAUUGAUGCAAUUCACAUUCAGGUCCACCACAGAUAUGUUCCCGGUCAAACAAGUCAAUUAUAAGGGCAAAAGAGAAGGAAAGAUCGAGUAUGGCAUCGUGGUGCCUGAGAAAAUACUAGUUCCGCUCGAGCGUCUCCAUAUGCGAGGCAGUGUGUUACCGUUGGAUACCGAAUCUGUAGUAGAUCAUAUGGUGGUCAAACUGUGUCAGCAAAAGGCUAUAUCACUUGUUUCCAAAGAUCCAUUGCGGCCAUCGACCUAUAAUAUGAUGCAUGCUGAUGCUGAACUUAAUGUGGUGGUGCUGGCAGAACGACAGUUCAAGUAUGAACCCAAGCAAGGAGCAGAACAAAUCGAUCUAGAUUUUGAUGUGUACUUUAAAAAGGAGGACGUGGUCGCCACGUUUGACUCGCCCAUGUUCGAGGUUAGAUACUUUGUGAAAGUGACUAUAGAGUUCGCGAGCGAGCAAAAGCGAUUGUCAUUGAAGUUCCCCACCGCCAUGGCCACCGUCAUGGAAUCGUAUGAUUUCCCUGCAUCUCCACCUAUGGAUCAACCGUUACCAGAAUACACUGUGAAUGAAGAGGCUCCCUCUUACGAUGGCAUCUCUUCUAGCAGUCCGUGAAGCAUUACCUGUAUACUUUAAUUGAAUUCAUCUGCUGUCGCCCUACUUUAAAUAGAUCAUCUUUAAUAAUAGCAUACAGUGCGACGGAUAUUUUCCUUACAUAGCUCUGUGCAGAUCCUUGGUC